AACAUCUGACUCAAUGUUCUUAUGAACGAAAGAAACUGUAUUAUCAUCCUCCUUUUACAGAAUGGCCAAAGAAUUUGAAGGAAGCAGUAAAUUUAUUUGAAACGCCCGAAGAUGAACAUUUUGAUGCUAACGAUUCUGUUCAAGAAACAGUAGUUAUUAUUCAGAAUAAUGGGGACGAGCCUAUCUAUAUUUCAAAUGAUAAACGCGAAUUAUUAUCUCUUGACACGACCAGUAAACAAAGAAUCACACUUUUUCGUGUGUAUAGCAGAAAAGUUGACACAGCUAUAACAUAUUCUCCAGAAACGGAAGAAUCCGAACAUUUUGAAACGCCACUAGAAUAUCUAAGGAAGGUCAUCAGUGAAACACCUUCAACUUCGCAUAAAUAA